CUUCGCGCUCGGUUUGAGUCGUGAUUCUCGUUCAUCCGCACUGUGCGUGUACCGCCGCGUCCGAAACGCAGCGCAUAUAAAGGUGUCUGGCUAAAUCAAAAUAAUAAUUUUUCAUAAAAUUGUAUUUGAGUUCGGCAAUGGAUACUCUCAAAGAAAAUUUGAGCUUGGCUCAGACAAUAAAAUGUUUAGCAGCUGCUAACCAGCAACUAGCUACAGCUUACAAUUUCACUUUUGAUCAUUUUCGAAAUAUUUUAACUGAGUUAUCAAAAAGUCCAGAUGAAUCUACAAAAAAUGUUAAACCAAGGUUAUCUACAAGAAAAAAAAAGACUUCUAAUAGACUUCUUAACAAGCAGUAUAAAAAAAGAAAACGUUUGAGGGAUGAAACACAAAAUCAAAGUGACUUUUUCAAAGAAGAGCCUGCAGCAAAAAAUGAAGUAGAACAAAAUGAAGAAUUUUUACACAAUCAUAAGAUCGAUGAUGAACAAACAGACAAAAAAAUGGAUGCUCUCGAAAAAAAACUCAAGGAAUUAGAAUACGAAAACUCUAAACUUUUGGCUGAGCGCGAUUCAUAUCUCUCCGAAAAAACUAACGCAGACAAAGAAAUCAAGGAUAAAGAUGAAAAGAUUAACAAACUCAAAGCCGAAUUAGUAGUUUUUAAAGAAGAAAGGAAUCGCAGCGCUGUAACAAUGGUCGAUUCUGGUCAAGCAAUUCAUUCUAUGGAUGAAAAUAUUAUUAAAAAUGAUCAGCAGCAAGAUACAGUAAAAAUGAUUGAUCAUGCUGGUUCUACGAUGACUAUGGAAGAAUUCCAACACGAUUUAUUGUUAAAACGCGAAGCAAGGCAGCAAGCCCUUGCGAAUAUUUCAUCUGAAAUGGAGCGAUUGAAAAGAGAGUUACAGAAUGAAAAAAUUGCCCAUUCCGAAACAGUGAGGCAAAUGGAAUUAUUGAAAAGUAAUCGAUCGAUAGACGCAACAGAUUCUGACGAGACUGAAAAUUGUUUACUAAAACUUGAUGAUAAGGCUAAGGAGCUUAUCGAAGCUUUAAGGCUUUCAGACCUCAUAAAAAUAUCAAACGAAGUGAUGAAUGAACUUAGAGUUCAAUUGGAACGCACGGAUGAUUUACGCUUUCAGUUGGAAAAUAAUCCUGAUGAACAUCGUUUACGAAUACAUUCACUCAAACAGUUGUCUGAAGAAACUCGUUCGAAUUUGAUUAAAAGAAUAAAGCAAGUUAACUCGCUUAAAGAUAAACUUGCUCGCUCAUCUUUGCUCUUGGAGAAUGAUUUUGAUAAUAUCAAAAAGUAUGAUAUAAAAAGAGAGACUGAAUACCUUGUACAAGAUAUCGGAAAAGCACGAACUCUCUCUAACGAACGAUCCAGAAUUCUCUUGGAAAUUAAGGAUAUAAAUUUUCAAGAAAUUAAGGAAUUGAGAUCUAAACUUGAAAACUGCAAAGAAUCUAACUUAAUUUUAGAAGAAGAUUUAAAUAAAACUGAAGAUAAGGUAAAUGGUCAAGGAAUGGAGAUACUAAAUUUGGAAUCGCAACUAGGUUUAACAAAAGCAGAAUGCAGAGAUUUACAAAAUCAAAUGACUAUCAUCAAUAGUUUAUUCACUCAAAUGCUACUUGGUGCUUCAUCGGCUGAGAUGAACCUAGAUCGAUUAACCGAAUUAUUGCAAGAAAAUCAUGAUUUAAUAAGUGACAUAGCUAAAGCAAACGGAACCGAAGCAGCGGCAUUGCCAAAAUUGUUAUUGGAUAUAAUUGAACAGGUUGACGGUCGAGAUCAUCAAUAUGAAACAAAAAAAGAAGAUACUCAAGAAGAAAACAUUGCUAAUAAUUUACCAAAGGUUUGGAGAGUUUUGUUGGAAUUACUAAGCUGCCAUGCAACUAAAGCAUUGGAUUCAACUGCAAAAGUGACUAUGGAACCAUCACCAGAUAGCUGCUAUAAAUCAGUAGAAACUCCAAGUGGAACACGUUUAGUCAUAUCAGUUAGUAAAACUUAUAUACGGCUCAAAGAUCUUAUUCUUGAAAAAAAACAUCUUGAAAAAGAAAUGAAUCGUAUGAAACAACUAAAUUGCCAUCUUGAAAAUAAACUAUCAGAACAAGAGAAAAGGCUAUCGACAGUUUCAAAUGAAUUGAAUGAAACUUGGGGAGUUGUUGGACAUAUGCAAGUUCAGCACCAGCAACUCCAUACUCAUGAAAAAAUUUUACGAUACGAGCUUCAGCAAAAAAGAAAAAUGUUACAGGAAUUGAAGAAAGAGCUUGAAUAUUGUCGAGAAAAAUGGGCGUCAGCAAGACAAAAAAAUAACAACACAGAAAUAGAGUGGAGAACGUUGCGCAGAGAAUUUGCUGCUAGAAAAUCUAUGUUAAAGCAUGGAAAUUCAUUCAACAAUAGCGGCGAAAGUGGCUUUAGCGAUAGCAUCGACGAAGGAGAAUCUGAUGAAGACGAAGACAAUGAGAGUAAAGUUCGACCGAUAAUUUUGCGUAAACGUUACAUAAAAGACGCAUCGAGAUCCAUUAUACCAGAUAUCGAGUCAGAACAACAAACUGAUUGCGAAAUUUUUGAAGAAUCUCAAGAAUCUUCAUCACCGGGCGAACGUAAUCUAACUCCGGAAUCAGAAAUAGAAAACAAUGUGUUGGAAAUGAACGGUAAUUUCCAAUUUACUCCGAAUAUCACUGAGCCUUUAAUCACUGAAAAUCAGAUGAUCAAUCAAAAUGAUAAUACACCCUCCAAUGUUAUUGAGAGUUCAAUAGAUACUAAAAAUAUCAAUACCGAAGUGCUGGUAUUUCAUAAUAAUUUGAGUGAUUCUAGUCAUGGAGUACCAGCGAUCAAUUUAACAAGUAAUUAUAGUGAUGAUGGAAAUAUAAAAAUGUGUAACCCUUCAAGCACUACAAUAGAAGAUGAAAAGUUUGAUUUGCCAAAUAUAAUUGACAACUUGGAAACCUUAUUACCUGCCAUGAAUUGUGAUAAUAAUUUAAUCGAGCAAUCUUGUCAUUCAAACGAUAACUCGUGUGAGGCGGAAGAAAAUAUAAGUACACUGCCCGAAGUCAGUAGUCAGACUUCUGAAAUGCUGGACGCUCGUGCUGUGAGAUUACAAAAUUUAGAGCGACAAGCUGAAUGGUUGGUAAAAAAAGUUAAUGAUACUAAUAAGAGAGGAUCUGAUUUGAAUACAAGACUUGAAAAGCUACAUGGAAGCUGUGGACCGAUGACUCCUCUCAUGCCUGAUAUUUUACCAUCUAGUCAAUUACCUGAAGAGCCAUUAGUUGAAAACGAUCGAAAUGCAGAGGACGAUAAGAAACAAGACGAUCCAAGCUUAGUUUAGACUGUUAUUGAUCAGAAUAAAAAAAGGAAUGUGUUAAUAAAUUUUACUGUAAUUUACAAUGCUGGAAAAUAUGAAUUAAUGCCCAUUUUAAACUAGCACACAGGUAAAGAAUAAAAAUUAAUGAUUAAAAUUACUUUAUUUCUUUUAAAAUUAAAUGAAGCAUUUUGACUGAAUAAAUUAACUAAUAGUUUAAAAUCUAUUUUUUAAUUUAGUCAAAAACGAGAAAACAAGAAAGAUUCUUUCUUGGUUUUGUUGAAAAAACUCUGACCAUUGUUCAAUUCCAGUUUUAUAUGUUUAAAGUUGUAAUAUAUGAGCCAAUGACUUUUGACAUUAGCUAAAGUGUGAGUUUUUUAGAUUUCGAUCAGGUACCACCUGAAUUUUGUAUUUUUAUUGUUUUAUCAUGUUUAAUUAUAAGGUUAAAAGUUUGUCGUUUGUUUUGCAUUGUGUUUUUAUCGUCUACUUACGAAAAAUGUUCAACAACUUACGAUGCACUACAGAUUCUUACGUCUGAUAAUGUACUUGGUAAAAGCUGUACAAUUUGUCACGAAAAAAGCAAGUAAUUCUAAAUUUAAAAUGAUCUUGGGGAAAAAAUAUCUAUUCUAUAAAUGAAAUAUUAAUGUUCCACCAUCGAAAGAAAAAUACUUGCAUGAAUAAUUAAUCUGUAUAACAAAAUAAGUUUAUUUUGUGUCAGCCACAAUGUACACUUGUAAGAAUAAUUUGUUUGUUUUUAUACUUUAAUGGUGAUAAUAAAAUUGAUGAAAUGUAAA